AUGGACCUGACCCACGACAGCGACGCUCAAGCGACACACGAUAUGGAGCCGGCGAUUCGCCGCUUCUCAUAUCCAUAUCUGCCAAAUGAUGGGCAGCAUUUUCGCCUUCUCCAGCUCUUUCAAGACGAUGAGGAGGCCUCCAUACGGUGCGAACUUUUCACCGCCCGGAGAAGCGAUUGGAAAGAGCAGUACUUUGCCAUGUCCUACGUUUGGGGAUCAAAGGACAACAAAGCUGAAAUCAUUCUGAAUGAGAGGAGUUUUCCACUUCGACGCAAUCUGUUCGACUUCCUCAAGGCGUUUCGCGCUUAUAUGAUGGACUGCGGACUUCCCUGGGCAAUAAUCUGGGCCGAUGCUAUCUGCAUCGACCAAGAAACGAUCGACGAAAAGAAUCAUCAGGUGCAAGUCAUGAGCAGGAUUUUCCACGAUGCGGCUUGCGUGUUCUCUUGGCUGGGCUAUGGCGACGCUAUAUUGAAAGAGCAGUCGAUGGCGUUCGUAAAUACGCCAUGGAUAAGACUUACCCUCUCCAUAACAUCUCCGCCUUUCUGGAAGCUUUUGGCGCCCUAG